AACGGGAGACAACGUUACAUCACACACGCACACGCGAACACCAGACCAGAAGCCCAAACACACGAGCGCGGCAGCGGCAGCGGCUAGCAGCAAGCACCGCGACGCGACGCGCCGAGCAGUGCACCACGCCACUGGAUCGAGAGGAGGGGGAGGAGAUCGCCGAUGGGGAGCAGCGGUGGCAGCAGCGAGCACUUCCUGCGCCAGUUCAGCGCGAGCGACGGCGCACCGCUGCCGCGUGAGCUGGGCGAGGAGUGGGCGGCGGCCGAGUGCGGCAGGAGGGGGUCGAGGCGGUGGUCCAGGAAGAAGGCGAGGGGGCACCACCGCCGCGGCGGGGGCGGAGGCGGCGGCGGCGGGCUCUGCAGGAGCAGGGAGGAGGCCCCCGCGGGGAGGAAGCGGGUGAUGGUGGUGGUGGACCAGAGCUCCGGUGCCAAGCACGCCAUGAUGUGGGCGCUCACCCACGUCGCCAGCAAGGGGGACUUCCUCACCCUGCUCCACGUCCUCCCCCACGGCGGCGGCGACGCCUCCGCGCUCGCCAACUCCCUCGGCUCACUCUGCAAGGCCUGCAAGCCCGAGGUGGAGGUUGAGGCGCUUGUGAUCCAAGGGCCCAAGCUGGGCACCGUCCUCAGCCAGGUGAAGAAGCUGGAUGCAUCUGUGCUGGUGCUGAGCCAAUGCAAGCCAUCUCCUUUCUGCUGCUUCAUGAGGAGCAGCGGCGAGGAGUUCGUGGAGGAGUGCAUCAACAGGGCGGACUGCCUGACGCUGGCGGUGAGGCGGCAGAGCAAGGGCGUCGGCGGCUACCUCAUCAGCACCCGGUGGCAGAAGAACUUCUGGCUGCUGGCUUGACAAAUUUUUACUGCCAAAGGCGAGCUUCUCUCCUACUUCUACAAGAAGAGAUCAAUAAGUUCAGUGACUAGUAACUACACCAAUAACUUGAUCCCCAAAGCCCAUGUGUGCUGUCUGUGUGUAUGUAUGUGUGCAUAUGCAUGUGUGUUUGACAGUGUGAUGGUGUGUUGUGUGUGUUCUUUGAUUCUAUCCCUCUUUGGUUAGCUGUAGCCUCUCACUUUGCUGUUGUAAAGAAGCCAAAAAAGCUGACCCCGCUCUCCCUGUAAUCCUGUGCUGUUCUCUGCGUGUCUGCUUGUUUGUUUGAGCAGGGACGGUAUGGUGCAUAAAGUAGUAAGCACUCUACAAUUUGUAUUAUGCGGUGUGUUUGUUUGUA